CUCAGUUACCUGUAGGGGCAGGUCAACCAGCAACCCGAACCCUACUUUCCGGUGAUUACCAAUUCGUCAAGAAUCGCGUAAUUUACUCUCUAUCAAUUCAAACCCACCCUGUUGAGAGAAGCUUACUAUCAAGGUAAUCAACAAUUCGUUAAGAAUCGCAUAAUGUCAUGGUUUCUCUAGCUCUGUUUUUGAUGUUUAAUACUACUGUGUGAACAAAAAACAACGGAUCCCAUAUGGGUUUCUUCCCUUGUUACCUCUGAUACAUUGCUGUUGUUUGUUUUGAGAAGAUGUUGAUUCUCAAAAUCACCGUAGAAUUUUCGGAUCAAGAACUGUGAUUCAUGUAAUCCUACUGUUUGCCAACCGGGCUUUCAUGAAAAAAGUUUCAAUUUGAUCAAGAAUACUGGGAAAAAAAUAUAUAUAGUUGGAGUUUCUCUGUUCUCCAAUGAAAGUUGUGUGCUUUUAUAAUGUUCCUAGUUUUUAGGAUUAGGGUUAGGUUUAGGGUUUGUUAUGGUGUUUAUUUUUCUUCCAAUUAGAUAACUGCCUGCUUUUGGCUUUGUUUAAGAUGUUGAAAUUUCUUAGACAAAUUUGUUGGCAAAGUAGUAUGAUGUAGAGAUGGGCAUCUAAUUAUAAGUAACUAUUGUAGAAAAAUUCUGAAUUGGUAUUGAGAUUCAUAUUCUCUCCAGAGUGCUUAGCUAUAAAUAAUACCGUUAUCUAACCUAGUUAGUCUACUUUUAGUGAUGAUGACAAGAUCUUGUACUUCAAUCAUCUUAUGCAUAGCAUAUAUGUACAGGCAAAUAUGGAUGUUGGCCCUCCCUUGGGUUUACCUGGUAGUCCCAUACCCAGGGAAGUGGAAGAAAUUGAAGAAUAUAUAAAUGAAGAAGUUGAAAUAAAUAUCAUUGAAGAAGUUGGAGAAAAUUUGAUUGAAGUACCAGUAACACCUCCACCUAGGAAAAAGCGAACUACUAUUGCUCGUCCCAAAUUUACUGAUCGAAUUAAUGAACUUCUGAUGCACAUUGUGCAUCAUAUCAUUUCUUUCUUACCUACUGAAGAUUUCCUCAAACUAAGCUUGUCAUCCAAAAGGUUCAGAGAUUUGUGCAUCUCUAGUCCAUCCUUGAGCUUUGAUGGCAUGAGUGUUGGAGUCUUGCCAUCGAUUUACCUUCUGAAUUAUCUAGACAGGAUUAUGAGUCUCCACAAAAACACCGAAACGUAUAGUCUCAGAGUCUAUUGGGGUAUUCAAAGCUUCGAGGAAAAAUAUCGUAUAUGUUCAUGGUUGCACAAAGCGAUAAGCUGCAAUGUCAAAGUGCUUGAUCUCAAGUUCUGGGUUGAAGAUUUCGCAAUUCCUGUUGAUGUCUUUUGUAGCAAGUCGUUGAGGUCUUUGAAGCUGAACUUUAGCGGAGGCAAACUGAAACUGCCUUCAAAUUCUGGCAUCUCUACUAAACUACAAUCCUUGUUGCUGAAACACUUUGUACCCGAAAACAAGCAGCAUUUUGAAGAAUGGAUUUCAUUGGCUUGCAAGUCCCUUAAUAGUUUGGAUCUUGUUUACUUUGCAGGGGUGGAUAAUAUUAGGAUCAAUAGUUCAUCUCUGAAACAGCUCAACAUUUACACCGCUUGUAAUGUAGACCUUUGCUUCCUUGAAGUCUCAGCAGCUAUGCUAAAGGAUAUGGAUCUGUAUUGGACUUUUGGACACACAAAUAAUAUCAGUUUCGCAGAUUAUUGAAGAUUUCUGCUCCCAGCCCUGAAGUCUUGAGAUGGGGAGCGUGUGCUCCAGAUUGGUACUUUGUAGAGAACUUGAAUUCGCUACAGAUCACUACGAUAUAAGUUUUAGCUUCUCCUUUUUCAAGGACAAAAAAUGGUUUGAAGAUGAUACUAACUGGUAUAAACACGACUAAAAAGCUCUUGAUUGGACAUCAAUGUCUCCAGGCACUGUUUGAGCAAGGUUACAGAAGGACUGAAUUUAGUAAUCUACGUGAUUUGGUCGUCUAUGUUAAAUCUUUGAGUGACGAUUUAGUUCAUGCGUUAGCCUUCUUUCUCCAAGGACUACCACGAGGUUUGAAGACGCUAUCGAUAAUUGGUAGACAAGCAACUGCUACGCUUAUGGAAGAACUGCCAUUAGCACCAUUCCGCGCGUACAGAUUCAAGGCAGGAUUUUGGGAAGCUCAAAAUCUAUUGUGUAUACAGAACUUGGAGAAGGUAAAGCUGGAGGUAUUCGAUCAAAAUGGGCUUGAACUGCUAGAAUAUCUGCUAGACAAUUACACACUGCUAAAGGAGCUUGACAUUAUAUUCACUUCUCCCUUGCCAACACCUAUUCAAAGGAAAAUAGAUGUCCUUGAGACCUGCCCUACCCUAACUCUGAAUCUCCAUGAUAGAUUAUAGAUCGAAGCGUUAUCAGCAGAAUUUUUAAAGCCCUCCAUAGCUGGGCCAAUGCUACUACAGCGGAAGACUUCCAUACACCCUGUGUGUAUGUUUUACUAUGUUCUGGGUUAACUGUGGA